AUUCGCAGCACAGGUAUCAUUUAUAUUACUCGUUUCAAUCAGCGAGUUGAAAGUAGAGACCGCGAUUCCAUCGUGAGAAUAAGGAUCAUCACCUACAUUUACCAAAGAUCUUGACGAAUAACCGAGGAAACAAGGACAAUCAUGACUCAAGGAUACGGUUCGAAGCUGGUGAUCUUGGUGUGCCUGCUUCAUUUCACUCAACCCAUCUACUCAGCUCCACUCUCCUCCUACCUGGUAUCAUCCUUUACUCCUCCUGAUGCUGACUCGGACUUACCAUUCAACCACAUCACUUUCAACAACAUCACUGGAGAUGUCUACAUCGGAGCACGGGAGAGACUCUAUCAACUCAACACAGAUCUGACACCGAAACACACCAUAGAUACUGGAUCAUGUCAACCAGAUAAAAAUGAUAUCAUUAAUACCAAUAAUAUUAGGCUUCUGGUGGUAGCUCCAUCACCUGAGGAUAUGCUCAUCACAUGCGGUGGGUGUGACGGUUUUUGUGAGACAAGGAGCUUGAAUAAUAUAUCACAUGAUGUAGUGAGAUAUGACUCUUCUGGUACUCAGUAUGUGGUUACGAGAUCAGAUGCACCUGUAGUUGGAGCUGUAGUGUUGAGUGCGGACUACCAGGAUGAUGGAGUUGGUACUGCAGAUGAUGGAUUGUACUUAUUUACGGGGAUCAGUGAUGCAACACCAAACUUUCCAUCUAUAUCAAAGCACAAUAUUGAUGAAUUGACUCAUGGACAACGGGUGACAGCACCUCAAGCUUCUUCCCCACAAAACAUUUUUAAACAUUUGAUCCCCUUCAUGGAAAAUCUCUACUAUCUCAUGUCUAGGGGAAACAGUCAGAAGAAUGCAUACUUGGGGCGACUGUGCCGUAAUUCAUUAGACGAAGCAUUGUCAUCCUACACAGAGAUACUUCUACAGUGUGGAACUUAUAGUGAGAUCCAGUCAGGUCUUAUCGGAGAAGCAGGAUCCCAGCUAGCUGAUUCCUUCAGCUUGGAGAGUACUGACGAUCUUCUGUAUGCUGUAUUUGGUAGUGAUAGUUCAUCUGCUCUUUGCAUCUAUAAGAUGAGUGAUGUAGAGCAGAGUUUUGACGGUGCUGCCAAGGGAUGUAGCCAAUCAGGAGAUAACAGAGGAACAGAGAACAACUAUCUUCAAGGUAGUUCAUGUAAUAGAGUAAGUGUAAAUGUCAAGUAAGCUGAAAAUCUUUAAAAUCAUUCUUACCAUAAUUCUUGUUCUUAGUGUUAUUAAUUGAACAUAUGGCUCCGGACAAUCAAAAUUGUAGUUUGAUCUCUUCAAAACGGAAUAAGUUCAACUUUCGGAAUAGACCUAUAUAGGCCUAUUUGCAGAUUAUGGGCAAUUCAGCAUGGUGCCUCUCUGUUACACUCUAGUCAGUAGCACCGAAUAUAUCUGCACAUGGCAAUUAGUUUGCCGUGUAUUUCCAUGAAUGAACAUAUUUAUGACGACAGAAAUGCAUAAAAUCCAAAAUCGUGCAUUCAUUAUUAUUCAUUUAUCAUUUAUUCAUUAUUAUUAGAAUGUACUUGAUUGAGUUAAAUAAUGACGAUCCACAGUAUUGUAUGACGCAAUGAUGGAAUCAACGUGAAAAAUCACACAGAGUUUUCAAAAACUUGGCACUUGGAUGUUCAGCGUAAAGUGGUUAUCCGAUUCACACUUUACGCUGUAUUCAAGAGUUAAGUGCUUGGCGAGAUUUGACAUCUGAGAAAUAGCCACUUUAAACAAUCAUUCCGUACCCAAACUCUGUAUCAAGUGGUCACAUUAAGUGAUUAUUUUCACAGGCAAUUAACUCGUGAUUAAUUUAUCUACACCAGCUAAGAAUAGGCCUCAUCGUUUUCUGAAAUGUAUAUUGUAUAUCAUAUCCCCCUUCAUUUUAAUUAUAAUUCAAUUAGCCUGAUUUCAUUCCUUGUUUUACAGAAGCUUUAAAAUGCCAUCGACUUGUCGUAAAAAAAUCUAACUUAAAAUCUAAAAAAAUCCUGGGGCGAUCGAGCCUUUGCUCAUGCCGGACCAGCCCUGUGGAAUUCACUACCACACGAGCUGAAGAACUCAAACUCUGCAACAUCCUUUAAGGACAACCUAAAAUUGCAUUUGUUCACCAGCAGGUACUAGGUUUGAUGACAGAAAUCUUUCCUUAUUUGUAAUUUACCCUUUCUUGUACUUCUCUUAUCGUUCUCUUUACUUUAAUGUUUUGCUCUCUUCUAAGCGCCUUGAGCAUUUAAUCAAAAUGGAAAAGACGCUAUAUAAAUCAUAUGUAUUAUCAUUAUUGUUAUUACAUAAAAAGUGAAUAGCGAAAAUUAAUCUUAUAUCAACAUGUUCAAUGAACGGACUACCGAAUUCAGAGCAUUUUUUUAAAUUUAAACCAGAGACCAUGAACACAAACAUGUAUCAAUGGAUCAUGUUCUUCGUCGUAUAAUCAUACUGCCAAGUGCAGUUGAACAAAGGGACAGCAGGGGCCUGUUGCAUAAAACUUUUAACCUGAGAAAACUCAGGUAUUUUUUACCCAAGUUUUUGCCCUGUGUUAAAGUCAAUGGCAGAAAUCAGACUAACCUUACUUUUCAGUUUUUACCGGAGUUUUCUAGGUAAAAAAGUUUUAUGCAAAAGGCUGCAGGUGGUCGCCCUCUGGGAUUCAAGUAGGAAUAAAGGCGGGAUACAGUGGGACAAGAAGAGGCUGGUAAGAAAAAAAGUGUGGGAAAUAGAUGGCUUUGUCGUGAACUGCACUGUCAUGACUGUAGAAUUACCCGUGCAAAAUCGCCAUUUCAGACAUCGGGCCAUCUUGACCCGUUACAACAAAGUCUUGGUAACACCGCUUCAUGAUAUAUGAAUAUACAAUUCCAUAUUUCUUGCCAUGAUGAAUCAUUUAUGUGAUAUAUUGACAAAUAUGGCAGCCCACAAUCUCCUCUACGUUCCCCUCAUCGAAAGUUUGCCUCAUUCAGGGUUCGGAAAAACAGUAAAAUGUUAACACAAUCAUUGGUGUGCAAUAUGCUUGCUAAUAAGAAAAGAAAAACUUAUCAUUUUUGUUGUGAUUCACGAAAAAAAUAUAUUGAAACUUUCAAUUUUGUUUGCUCUGUAAAAGCAUAAUUUUGUAGAUUGAAAUUCAAUCCUCUCACGAGCUGCCAUGGUAUUUUGCCUGGGAACAAGAGGCCGAAUCAUCGACCCAUCGUCGCUAAAAAGAUGUAAAUAUAUAUUGAAUUUUAUGGCAAGACUUCCUCAUUUGCAGCACUGGUAUCAAUUAUAUUACUCUCUUCAAGAGAGACCGCGAUGCCUUCGUCAUGUUCGUGGGAAUAAGGUAAGGAACAUUCGGGUAUCAUUCAUUGCUUAAUAUUUGAACUUUUUACUGAUAUGAAUUUAGAUCUUGUGAUGUGGUAGCAAAGGUCCAUUAUGAACUAUGUUACGAGGGCAACGUCCUGGAAGGGGGGGGGGGUCUGUAGGAUUCUGAGGUACAAUAUGUAUACAAAUAUUUACUUCCAAUUUUAUAUUUAUUUAAUGUUGCAUACAAUGAUUUUGCGUUGGCCUAUUCACAGCCACUAUCAUUGAAGAUCUCAUUCUAAGAUAGGGCUUAUAUCGAAAUGAUUUUAUAAAUAUUACAUUUCUACACUUUAAUUUGAACAAUUCAAUUCACAUGAUUGUACUUGAUUAAAGAUCCAAUUGAAAUGACAAAUUGAUACAGUCAACGAUUACCGGUGUA